AUGAUCCAAGAAGUGCUACACAACUGUCAUGUUUCCAUUGAAGGAGGACCCCAAGGUGUCGUCAGCUCCUACCAGAGAGUAAAACACGACUACGACUGGAUCGGUCUCUACUCAGAUGCGAAGAAAGAUGUGAAGUCAUGCUUCGACUGCACCUCAAGCAAGAGCUUGCCGCAGCUUAAAGGCUACUCACCUGGAAAUGUACUAGCAAAGCGACCAUUCCAAGUAGUGUCAAUGGACUUUGUGAUCGCUCUGCCGUCAAUGGACUUUGUGAUCGCUCUGCCGACAUCUCGUCGUGGGAACACCGCCCUCUUGUUAUGGCAGGACUCAUUUAUCGGGUUUGUGAUUGCUAAAGCGAUGUCUGACACCGAUGCACUGACUGUGGCCAAGGUGAAUGCAUAUACUGGCGAUUUUGUGCUCCGUCUCUUAUUCGUCACAACCGUGACCGGCUUCAUGAUCCAGGUCUUCCAAACCUUCUCUGAACGGAUACAAGCGUGGUCAAUGUCAACGCCGAGCUAUCGCCCACAAGCAAACGGACAGCAAAAGCGGUCGGUCAAGAUCGUAAUGCGGUCCGUCUACGUGGAAGGCCCACUGCAGCAAGACUAG